CCUAAAAUACUUUCUCGUGAACCGUUGAGGUCAUUUAAAGACAAUGUCCUGUUGCAAACUUUUGACUAUUGUUCUGAUUCCUGUCCCCCUCUAAUUGACCUGUGAGUCGUAAUAUGGGGAAAAAAGUACCUAGAUAUCUCUAAACAGAACUUCAAUAAUAGUAUAAAGUAAUUUCCUUUGCCUAAAAGUAAGGUAGUAGUCUUAAUAUGAUGCAAAACAGCUUUAUACCUUUCCAUCGUCACUUUUAUCAAGAAAAGAACCCUUUGAAGGGGCACAAAUAUUAUCACCAUUUGUAUCAAUCAAGCUGAAAUCUAUCUUUUUCUCUAAAAUGGCUAAAAUAUGGAUUGAAAUCUGCAUGAUUUCCGCCAGGGGACUCCGGCGAACAUCGGCUUUGUGGAAGCUUCAGUGGUAUGCUGUUGGAUGGAUUGAUCCAAACAACAAGUACUGUUCCAAGAUUGAUUCUUCAGGCAAUGCAAAUCCUGUUUGGAAAACCAAAUUCUCAAUGUUGGUUGACACUUCUCUCCAGGAUUUGGCCCUAAAUGUUGAAGUUUACAGUAGAGAACCCAUUUUUCUUAGAGAAAAACUCAUGGGAACAGCUACUGUGCUUCUGAAGGAGUUUCUAGACAAGUACAAUAAGAACACUGAGGUUUCGAAGCCAAUUGAAGAAGUUGGGAGCUUUCAAUUGCGGAAAAAGAACUCGAAUAAACCUCAGGGAUUUAUCGAUGUCUCCAUCAGAGUUUCGGAGGAGAGGGAAGAAUCUAGUUCACAACCAGGUGAAAAGGAGGGAUUUAAGCUUGGGGAUAACAGCAGUGGCUUCAACUUGACUAAUGGAUAUAAACCUGCAUCAGCAUACCUACAACCACAAUCUUUAACCCCGUCUCAAAUGCUGGAGAGACAACCACAGAAAAAUCACCAAUAUGCACAUCCAAUGCCAUAUCCUACAAAUUAUUCACAUCCACCUGUGGCGGGACCGAGCUACACACAAGCAGCAGGACCAAGCUAUCAGCCGUCGCGUACUCCACCCCCACCUCCACCUCCACCUGCUAAUGUUGGUUAUAUUCCAACUUUCCUCCCAAGAACAAAUAACAUGCCGCCUAGUUAUUUAAACAUGCCACAAAAUGGAACUUCAGCAGCACGAAAUGCUAGACCUGGUUUUGGAAUGGGAGUAGGUGCAGGGGCAUUAGCUGCUGGCGCUAUGAUAUUUGGAGAUGAUUUCAUGUCUGGUUUUGACCUGCCUCAUGGUUUACAGGAUCCCUCUCUCACCAUAUCGCUUGAUCCUCUUGUCUGAAGAUGAGAAUACCAUCUAUUGAAUUACAAUGAGUACAAUGAGGUUAUCACAAGAAUCUGCAUAGAUGUUUCAGUUUGUACCUGCAAAUCUCAGGCUUCUUGUGUAACAACAGAUUUCAGCAGCUUUGUAAUAAGCUGAAGUAUAAAUUUACAACUCUCAAGAUACAUGGUGUAUUAUA